AUGACUUCCACGUUCCGUUCGAGUGACAUUCUCCAGCAGAUGGACUUCGCCAUGAUCGGCACCCACUUCGCUUCCGGCCCGUUGCAAAUCGACCAGGAUUUCGCGGGCAUCAGUGGCGUUCACUUCAACGGUAGUGGGUCGCAACAACCGUACGCCAACGAUGGCGAAGUGACGCUGCAGCCCAACGGCAUGCCGCCGUCAUGGCAGAGCAUCGCUGCACCCGGGUCGACCGUGGCCGAUUACCUGUCUCAUUUGCCGGCCACGCUCACCCUGCACCACUUUCUCAAGUACUCGGGAGAGGCCGUCUGCAAGGACGUGCGCGACGAGACGAAACCACCGAAGAAGAGGAGAAAACAAAGCAGACAAGUGAACGCAACGGCAGUCGCCGCAGCAGCAGCAGCCGCCAGUGACCGCAGUCCGCCUACUACGACGACAUCGUCACUGCCUCAGGUCAAGCCGAAGCCCGGCCAGAUACGAAUAACGAGCUGCGCAGAUGGCACCACCAUGUUCGGGUGUCCGGAAUGCCGGGCCGAAUACUUGGACAAGCAUCUGCUGGAGGAACACCUGGGCACACACGCGACAGAACGGCGGUUUGUGUGCGACAUUUGCGGUGCAGGGUUGAAGCGCAAGGACCACUUGACGAGACAUAGGCAGAGCCACAGUUCAGAAAGGCCGUAUGCCUGUACGGUAUGCGGCAAAGCUUUCAAGCGCAAGGAGCAGCUGACCCUGCACAAGGUGGUGCACACAGGCGAGAAACGGCACGCUUGCAUAGAGUGUGGCCGUGCAUUUUACAGGAAAGAUCACUUGAGGAAGCACGCCAGGAGUCACGCGGCCAGGAGAGAUAAAAGCAGUGGACAGACGUGCUAG